GGGUUGCUCUCCUCUCGUCCGCUCCUGCAACUCCAUCUCGGUCCCCGAACCCAGCACCACCAGCACCAGCACCAGCACCGCCAGCAACGGAGCUCCAAGGAUACCAAGAACAUGGUCGCCCGCAGGUCCGCUAUCGAUGCCUUCGGCAUGGUCAUGCUCGAAGACGUCCCCGUCAGAGCCAACGUCCGACGGCAAACACAGCAGCGAGAACAGCCCGUUCUGCCACCAGAACACAACAUCCAUGAGCCCAACUAUGACGACUGCAACGGCAACGUACCGGACUCCCCCCUGACGGAGCCCGAGCCCGAGCCCAAUCCAGAACACGAAUGCGGAUGCUGCUACAACACUGUCCCGAUGGACCAGACGGUUCCGUGCGAAGAGGGCCAUCUGUUCUGCGCGGACUGUGUCCGUCGAGCCGCAGAGGAGGCAAUCGGCAUGCGCAGAUCGGUGGUCAAGUGCAUGAACACCGAUCCGUGCGGAUACGCAUUCCACGAACGAGAACUCCGCCAACUGCUUCCCGAACCCUCGUUUGAUGCACUCAUGAGACUCCGUCUGGCGGAAGGAAUCGGCAUUCUGACGGAUUUCGUCGAGUGCCCCUUCUGCAACUACGGCGCUGAGAUCCUGGCGCCUCUUGAGGACGAACCCUUGUUUCACUGCCAGAAUCCCGAAUGUGCAGUGGUGUCGUGUCGGCGGUGCAAGAAGGAAAACCACUCUCCACGCAAAUGCGACGAUCUCCAGAAAGAAGAUAACCUCAAUGUGCAGCACAAGAUCGAGGAGGACAUGUCCGAGGCACUGUUCCUGACGUGCCCAAAGUGUCGCCAGAAGAUCAUCAAGGAAGACGGGUGCAACAAAAUCACCUGUGUGUGCGGCCAAUUCAUUUGCUAUGUUUGUCGACAGGCUAUCCAAAACUACAGCCACUUCAACAAUAACGGCGGUCCCUGUCCGCUCUACGACGACGCCACCGCCCGACUGGCCCAACAAGUGCAGCAGGCAUAUCAGAACGGCGUGGCGAACAACGCCAUUGACCAGAACGACCUGCUGAUUGACGUCCCAACGGCCCAAAACAUUCUUCGAUAGCCAACGAGUGGCCCGGGCCGACGGGCUCUUUGUGCGCUCGGCUUUGAUGCUCCCGCGACUGUGAACAUUGUUCCGCAAUGGCGCAUGGCUCUGCACAGCUCAGCGCAGAUUCCAGCGGAUCGGCAGCCUGGUCUUGUGGGCUUCCUUGAUGACACAACCGCAUGUCCAGGUGCUUGAUCGUGCGGCAACACAGGCUGGGUCUGGUUGGGUCCACCACCUCGCUUGAUUCGAUUGGAUUGGAUUGGAUCGGAUCGGCCAGCGCCAGCCGGGCCAGGCUGUGUCAGGACAAUUCGACGGCCUCCCAGACGCACUGCAUUGGAUUAGAUUGGACUGCAU